CAGUAGGUGAGAGGCAGACAAGAAAGGAGGGGUGGGAGAGCUGGUGUUUUGUUGGUUUUACGGCAGUCGUAAGUGAGGGCGCGGAGCUGGCGCGACAGAAGCUGGAAGCGGAGGAGGCGGAGGCCGCGCAGGCGGAGGGGCUUCGGCUCUGCCCACUGGCCAGUUCGAGCUGCGAGAUGAGGCCACAGCAGCCACCUGUCGCAAGCAAGGUCUUCGUCCAGAGAGACUACAGUAGUGGCACCAGGUGCCAGUUUCAGACCAAGUUCCCUCCAGAGUUGGAGAACCGGAUUGACAGGCAGCAAUUUGAAGAAACAGUUCGAACACUAAACAAUCUUUAUGCAGAAGCAGAGAAGCUUGGAAGCCAGUCUUACCUUGAAGGUUGCCUGGCAUGUUUGACAGCCUACACUGUAUUCUUGUGCAUGGAGACACAUUAUGAAAAGGUUCUGAAGAAAAUUACCAAGUACAUUCAGGAACAAAACGAAAAGAUCUACGCCCCGCAGGGACUCCUUCUGACUGACCCAAUUGAGAGAGGACUAAGAGUUAUUGAAAUUACCAUUUAUGAAGACAGAGGUGUGAGCAGUGGAAGAUAAACAUGUGGCAUCCAAGGAUCCAGUGUGUUUCAGAAAGUUCUUUCUGCUCUCAAUGCAUCAUUCCUCUCUGCCACCGCCAAACCUAUGGUGCCAUCUACCACAUGGACUAACUUCUUGAAAUCCUGCUCCCUCAGAAGCUAUCUGCUGGGCUGGCCAGCAUCCGUUUUGUGUCAUUGUGGUAAGCAUUAAACAGUGGUGUUGUCCAAGUCUGUGGACUUCUCCUUGGACACUAACAGCUCUGAUCGACGUGCAAGAAUGGAAUCUCCUGAGAACAGCGUGGAUCCUCUGUGGGUGCUGGGGGUGGUGUAUGCUUCGUUCACAAAGUGGCAAUUGCGAACAGUCUAGGCAGCUGAUCUUCUGAAAAUGCAGCUUCAUUCACUUGAGCCUCAGUGUGGUGUAACUCUAUUGUUCAAAGGGACUCAAAACAAAGGAGUUGAAGGUUGGCAAGAGAGAAUAAUGCAAAGGGCUAUCUUGAUGCUUACCUAAGAGCUGGUGUAAUCCAUGGAACACUUGAGCCUAUUGCUUCGUCCAGACCUGAGAGAGCAGACUGUCCAUUGCUUCUUUUGUUAGAUGUGAGGAUGUGCAAUGACUAAAAUGGAUGCUGUACCAAUAAAUGUAACCGCCCCUGCUCUCCACUCCUUCUCAGUGUUGAAUGUGUGAAAUAGGUAAUAAAUGGCUUUCUCAAUUCUGUGAUAAGUUAAAUUUUUAGGGCAAUCUGGUAACUCAGCUAGAAAUGGUGUCCUGGUAGCGCUUCAUCUCCUGCAAACUGCUGAAAAGUACAUCUCUGCAGUACAGUGUAGUACUUCCAAUUGUGUUCAACAUUCCUCCAGAGAUGCUUGUGAAAACCUUCUGCUGAACAAGUUGGGUUGUUAUACUUUGUGGGUUUUUUGUUUAUUCCCUUUCUCUGGGUGUUUUGGUGUAUAAACUUGAGUAGAGGCUAGCAGAGUCACUCUGCUUCUUGGAGUCACCAUCUCUUGCCAUGCCCAGGUACUAACAGACAUCAACCAAGAGAGCUUUCAAACAGAAUAUUUGACUUAUGAGUGAUGCAAGAGAUGCCAAUACCAGAUCAAGGUCUUUGGACUGAUUACUCUUCAAUUCCUGUUCCUUGCUAGUUUCUUUACCUUUCUCUAGAAAUCUGUUCAAUAUUUUAAUUGUAUGAAUACUUGUUUUUUCUAAUCUGUAACAGUGUUUUGCCUUUUGCACCCGUUACAAUCAUUUUUUUUUCAGAAACUAAUGGAUUAGUAAUGUUUUUCUUAAAUAAACAGUCAUUUGCUAUCA